ACCUCGGGUGGCUCCUAACCCCGUGGUGCUGCUCCUGCUUCAGUGCAGCCGGGUGCUCGGAGUCGAGGAGCUGCUGCUUUAGGGUUGCAGAGCUCGGAGCAGGAGCAGAAAUGGGGAGCCCAGCGCUGCCCCGGCCCUGCCAUGGCCCCGUUGGCUGAAUUCGCUCCUGCUCCUGGGGCCUCUCCGUAAGGGGUGAGGGAGGGAAGGGGCACGCGGCACCCUGGUGUCCCUCCUGUCACCAACCCUGCACCGCUGUGGGGCUGUCACCACUGCGUGCUCUGUGCUCCGUGUGCCCGUGUCUGUGCCGUGGUGUUUGCCUGGCUCACAUCGAGCCAUCCUGCUGGCAGCUGGGCCUCGAGCACAAGUGCUCAGCACCAGGGCUUGGAGAGGUUCAAGUGCCUCUCCCACGGCCCCUGCGCCCUGCUUGCAGCUGCCGCCCGCCCUUGCCUGGCACGCAGGAAGCCUGGGGGGGCACCCCCCGCCUCUCUGGCUGCCCCCACCCGCCUCUUGCUUUCUUUUUCCAUUUUUUCCAGGCGCACACACACUGCUCAGACCCCUCGCCUGCUGCUUUUGGAACCAGGGAGGAGUUGAGCACGACACGGUUCCAGGGUGCUGCUGGGCUCAAGGGCACGGCGCAGCCCAGUCCUCCCCAGUCCUCCCCAGUCCUCCCCAGACCUCCCACUGCAGCUCGGGCUAUGCCGGCCGCACACAGCACAGGGGGAGCUCCUGGGGCUGGGGAUCUGGAGGGUGUCCCUGCAUCGUGUCCCACUGGGGUCCUGCUUUCCCCAGCCUGGUGCCCCCCACCCCUCCAGCAGGGAUUGGGUCCCAGUGUUUAUGGGUGCUGUGGCCUCACUGGAUCCUAAAUGGUUUUGUCCCCAGCCUGGCUUAGGGUUGUUGUGUUGGGGUGGGCGAUGGGCACCAGCUGGGGGGGCUGCUCCUGGGGUGAGAGGGGGCCUGGGGCAUCCUCACACCCAGCUGAUUUUUUACCUAACGCCCAGCCCUGCCCUUUCCUUCAUUAAAUAACUGCAAAGUGCCGCAUCCCAGGGCUGUGCAGGGGGGGACACAGAGAUAACGGGCACAAAGAAAUUAAGGAAAAACCAAAAAGGCUCCUCUGGGGGCUCGGCUGCUUCUUCCCCCUUCCCACCGCGCUCCCCCUUGUAGGGUUUUGUCCCGGAGCCCUCCUGGGGGUCCCCCAGCCCCUGGAGGCUCAGCGGGGGCCGGGAGCACCCAUGGGUGCUGGUGUCCAUCCUGGAGCAGCUCUCGGCCCCCCCGAACCCCCGGGAACAAGCGGGGUGCGCAGGGGGAGGCUGAGCCGGGCAGGGGCGCACGACCCGGGCUGGGCUUGGGGGGGGCGCACAGGGGUCGGGAGGUGUCUGGGGGGGUCCGGGGCUGGGAUUCGGGCCCGGGGGGGGGCCAGAAGGAGGGGGCAGGACCUGGCUCCGGGGGGGGGCGGUGCCGCGGAGGGGCCGAGCCGAGCCGAGCCGUGCGCGCCCUCACCUGCCCGGCCCCAGCGGGAUGGAGGCGGCGGGGGCAGCAACCGGGGCAGCAACCGGCACCGGGGGGGGGGCACGGCCUCGGGGCCGCCGUGCCGCGGGGGGGUGGGCUCCGUGCUUGGCGCUGGCGCUGGGCUGGGCGCUGGGGUGGGCGCUGGGAGCGGAGCCCCCCCACCGCUGCCGCCCCGACGCCGCGCUCCUGCCGCCGCCGCUGCGCCGCCUGGCGGGGGCCGCCCUGCUCCGAGCCGCCGUCCCCCGGCUCCGCGGGGGCUGGAGCCCCUGCCAGCUCUACCGGUACCGCCACGGCCCCCCCGCGACCCCCGGCACGGCCCCCGGCACCGCCACCGCCCGCCCCGACGGCACCGGGCCCUGCACCCGCGGCUGGCAUUACGCACUGCCCGCAGCCGGGCUGCGCUCCAACAUGGUCACGCAGUGGGACCUGGUGUGCGCCUCGCGCUGGAAGGUGCCCCUGGAGCAGACCACGCACUUGCUGGGCUGGACCCUGGGCAGCGUCGCCGCCGGCCUGGCCUGUGACAGGUUCGGCCGCCGCCCCACCUUCGUGGUGUCCCUGGGGCUGGCGGUGCCCCUGGGGCUCGGCGUGGCGCUGGCCAUCAACUUCCUCAUGGUCCUGGUGGCGAGGAUGCUCUUUGGGGCCGCGCUGGCGGGCGCCUUCCUCUCCCUCUACGUGGCACGGCUGGAGCAGUGCGACCCCCCGCACCGGCUGGAGGUGACGAUGGUGGCCGGCUUCUUCUGGAUCGCCGGGGAGCUGCUGCUGCCGGGGCUGGCCGUGCUGUGCCGGGACUGGCGGGUCCUGCAGGGCGCCGUCACCAUGAUCCUGGCUCUGCUGGCUGCCUGCUGGUGGUGCCCGGCGCUGCUGCUGGAGUCCCCGCGCUGGCUGCUGGCCACGCAGCAGCUCCAGAGGGCCAGGAGGACGCUGCAGGCGCUGGCUGAGAGCAGCGGCCGCGGUGCCGACGACCAAGGGAGCCUGAUGGCGGAGCUGGAGACGCUGGCUGAGGGCUCCCCCCAGCCCCGCUACCACGCCGUCUGCGAGAUCUUCAGCACCAGGGUGAUCUGGAAGAACAGCGUCAUCCUCGGCUUCACCGCCUUCAUCGGCUCCGGCAUCCGGCACUGCUUCACCCGCAACCUGGCCCCGCACCUGCCCCGCUUCUCCUCCUACUUGGCGCUGGUGGGUGCCGAGGCGGUGGCCUGCCUCUUCCUCUGCCUCACCGCCGAGCGCUUCGGGCGCCGCGCCGUGCUGCUGCUCUGCACCGUGCUCACCGGCAUCUCCUCCCUGCUGCUGCUGGCCCUCACCCAGUACCUGCUGGACCUCAUCGUGCUGACCCUGUCGGUGGUGGGCAUCACCGCCUCGCACGCCGUCACCAUGCUCAGCAUCUUCUUCGCCAGCGAGGUGCUGCCCACCGUGGUCAGGGGCGCCGGGCUGGGGCUGAUCGUGGGGGCCAGCUUCGUGGGCAAGGCGGCCGCCCCCAUCACGGCCAUCCCCAACAGCCGCGGCUUCUUCCUGCACCACUUGGUGUUCGCCUCCUUCGCCAUCCUCUCGGUGCUCAGCAUCAUGCUGCUGCCCGAGAGCCGCGGCCGCGGCCUGCCCCAGUCCCUGCAGGACGGCGAGAGCCAGCGCCGGCCCCCCCUGUUCCACCGCCCCCCCCGCGAGGACCACCUGCCCCUGCUCGCCCCCCGCGGCAUCCCCCACGACUACUCCCGCCUCGUCUCCUCCGCCAAGCGGGCGCUGGGUCCCCGGCACAGCCCCACGGCCGCCCCCCCGGAGACGUAGCCGUGCCCCCCUCCCUGCUGCUGGAAGGGCUGGGGGGGGCAAGCAUCACACCACUGGGACCCCCCUGGUUGCAGCGGGUCCCCCCCCGUCCCCACGUGGCCCUGGGCGCAAAGCUCCGGGCUGCGAGCGGUGGUGGGGCUGGGGGCUG